AUGGAGCAGAAAUCCUCACAUAUUGAUGCCAAAGAAACUGAGACGUCCAAUACAACACAAAACAAUUCUAAUGAAUCAAACACUUCACCUUUCAACAAUCAUUACUGUACACGCCUACGAUCUUAUUCAAAUCCGAACUUGGAACGACCAAAAACCGAUAAACAUACAAAAAAACCGAGGAGAAAAAAUAAAAAAAGAACAAUGAACAACAGAAACAGCAAAAUAGUGAAACGCAGAUCACUAUCACCUGAUGUUUCAGCAACGGAACCUGCUGCCCAAUCGAACACGGGAUCGACAAGCCUAUCGGGGAGGAAGAUGGACUCUUACGAGCGCGUGACACAAAAGGAAGGGAUGAUUGGCGUUAUCGACGGUUUAUCGCCCAUGCCCCCGGUCAGAGCAGAAGACUUGAACGAGUCCACGCUGUGCCAAAACGAACUGACAAACGACUCAAACAUGUGUUCAGAUACCGGCAUAAAUGGAUCCAUGUACUCGGACAACGAUUUGCAAUCCCAGAAUUUAUACACAGAGACUGCGACGACAGGGUCGCAGCUCAUGAGCGAUUCACAAAUGUUUAACAACACAUCCCUGGGCGUUAACAAUAUGGAUUUAAACAUGCCAGCCAGAGCCAGCAUGGUCGGCAUCACCACAAACUCAUCGCAGGGCUUCGAUCUUUUGCAAAAUAUGCAUUACGACCAGAACACCGCAGGCCAACACGUGUCAAAUCCCACAGGCUUCAUGAACGUCGUUAACGCACUGAGCGAAGGAGCAAACGCGAUCAAUCUGAAUCAGAUGAAUCAACUGAGCCAGUACACAGAAGGCCAGACGAACCAGUACGGAGACCCGUACCUGCUUCAAUACGGCUCAGACACACGCGCACAGGACGGAGAUGAGUAUAUGCAGUACGAAGCAAUGGACUACGUGGACAACGUCGAGUACAUGCUGGACGACGGACUCGACUACGCAAUGGACUCAAACUACACGCAGGACAACACGAACCUGGCGAGUAACAACUACGACCCGAACAACGUGUUCAUCAACAUGGACAACGCGACGCAGUCGCAGGACCAGCUGUCAGUGCCGACAGUGAGCUUUAACAACGCACUGAACACGGGAGAGGACCUGGUGAUGGCGGACAUGGGCACGGACGAAGACAAGGAGAUGAUACGCAACAACAGCAUCAACGUGCUCAUAGAAAACUCGGAGAAGAAGCUGGACGAGGGAGUGAUGAGCAGCAUCCUGCGGGACCUCAUCUGCCCAAUAUGCCUGGAGUACUUCUACUUCCCAGUCACAGUAGCAUGCGGACACACCUUCUGCCGCUACUGCAUAGGACACUCGAAACUCUCAGGAAAAGUGUGCCCGCUCUGCAGACAGCCGAUCGGAAGAAGCCUUAACAUUAACACGAUACUGUCGAACCUGGUGAAGAGCCUGAAGCUGCGCAAAAGAGGAUACGUGGCAAUACAGAAAGCACCGGAGGUGUCACAAACAGCAGAAAAAAUGUGGUGGGACGAACACUGCCUGAAACCCUUCGUCUCAGUGCCUCUGUUCAUACGCAUCAUGUUCGGAGGACUGGGACAGACGCCGGUCUUCUUCGACGACCUGUGCACGUGCCUGGUCAACUACUUCGACACCGGAAGAAGAUGGUCCAAGACGAAGUGGGUCUUCACAUUAGAGGACUUCAGGCUCCUGAGGAGCCUUAUAGGGCUCCAGCUAAGCGGAUCGGACCAGAGCCAAGGGAACGAAGGAGAAGGGAACGCGCUGAGCGAGGCGAACGAGGCGAACAUCAUGAGAGUGCACCACUGGGUGGAGGACUACAUGGUCGCGAACCCGCAGCUGUGCUUCAGAGGAGAAGUCUCGUACCCGCUCACGCUCAAGGUCUACCACGACCUGAACCACAAGAUCGAAGGAACAAUCUUCAGCGCAAUGGAAAUACCAUACAGACUGCCCUGGGACGCAGGAAGGCACGUGAAGUCGCUGCUGCACCUGCCUCACAGCUCAGUCUCGCUCUCGCACCUGAUCUUCACGCAGUGCGCGAACGGACAGUUCGGCAUCCUGGACGUGGGCAGCACGAUAGGAACGAUGAUCAAGAUCCAGAACUCGCACGUGCUGAAAACAGGAGACAGGAUACACAUCGGAGACAAGCACGAAGUGGACGUGCACAUCUACAAGGACUCGAUCGGCACGCCCUUCAGAGACUACAAGUGGGACGCGAACACGAACCAGGUGAUCAACUACACAGAGUACAUCAACAGCCACCAAAGCACGUCGCCAUCGGAAGGAGACAUGUCGGACCACGGAGGGCCCGAUAACGCGGGCUCGGGCGACGAGACGAUAGGCGCGGAGAAGGGCGCAAACCUGCACGACCUGGACAGCUUCCUGAAGCUGCGCAUCUUCGCAGACCUGCAGGUGGAGCGCGACGUGUGGAUAUGCCCCAAGGGAGUGAUACUGGGCAGAGGGCCGGUCACACAGUCCUCGUACAAGAAGCUGUCGAUCACCACGCAGAACGGCUACAUCUCCAGGGAACACUGCCUGAUCUACUACGACGGAAGCAGGCCGACUGGCAGCAGGUGGAUCCUGCGAGACAUGAGCACGCUUGGCACCUUCCUUAAGCUGAAGCCCUUCCAGGAGCCGAUGCCGCUGGCGCCGGGCUUCGUGUUCAAGGUGGGCCAGUGCAAGGUGGAGGUGGGAUCGCCGCAGGACAUGACGCGCCGAGUGCCCACCUCGGCCACGCUGAUACUCUCGCAGCUGCUCCAGUCGCACAUGGAGCCCUUUAGACUCAUGGAGAUACAAAACCACCUGGCCAACUCGGCGAACGGCCACCCGAGCCUGACCAUAGUCCCGAGCAGCUUCACCGGGGUCGGAACCGGGACCACCCAGAGCAGCAAUAUGCUGGACUCCGCGGGAUUCGAGACCCAGGGCAGGCUCCAGGGCGAAUCCGCGGGCAGGUACGAGGGGUCGCGGGGGGUCGGCGACGACGUCGACCCCGACGGACAAAUCGUGCCCGAGUCGCUACGCGACGUGGUUUUAUAA